GACAACUCAAAGCAGCUAUGGUGCUGCACGAAUGCCCGAAGGACAACUCAAAGCAGCUAUGCUGCUGCUGACUGGUCCGCCAUGCCUGACUCUGCCUCGAGCUUCCUUGGUGCAGCACUACCCCAAAUGGGGCCUUCCAGAUGAAGCGCCCAACAAGGUGUUGAAGACGGUGUCCACCAUAGCCAGGGCCACGUCAGCAGUGCCACAACAGCAGCAGUGCCAUGACAGUAGCAGUGCCACAUCAGCAACAGUGCCACGACAGCAGCAGUACCAGCAGUGCCCCGCCACCAUGACGGUUUCAGCUUUGGGCAUGCCAGGACAACUGGCCAACGAGUCCAUUGCCGAGUACCGACAGCAGUUCCAAGCUCAGCUCGCACUGAUCGAGGCUGAGGAACAGCGCCAGGCGGCAGCCGAGGCUGCCCGCCUACAGGCUGAAGCAGAGGCAGCAGCUGAAAAGCAUCGGCUUCAGGCCGUAGCUGACGCAGAUGCCCAGGUCCGCCGCAAGGAGGCCCAUGAUCUGCUGCAGCGGCACGAAGCCGCCAGCGUCGACAGGCUCAAGUUCUGGCAUUUUGAACCAUCCGAGGACCAUGACGAGGCGACACCGGAAGAGCAGCACAAGGAGUUCCUCUCCAAACUCGUGACCCGCGAGGAUCAGCUGGUGAACUUCUAUCGCCGCACCGUUCACAUUCGUGAUCGGAACGGAGUACUAGUCCCAUGCACGGUGCCUCCACCUCACCCUUCGAUCAGUUGUCACGUGGUGUCCGCUGCAAGCAUUCGAACUUUCAUCACCAGGGAUGAUAUCGAGGAGAUGGGGGUGUCUUUUCUCCACGCCCUCCCUCCCCAUGACAUCCCAUCGACGGACGCAUCGACGGACCCACGCAUCACCGAGCUUCUCGACGCCUACGGCGACGUGCUCGAAGCCCCGCACGGAGUAGUACCGGAUCGGCCCAUCCCCCACGAGAUCAUCGUCGAGACCGGGGCCGUACCUCCGCGUGGUUGCAUCUACCGCAUGAGCGAGGAAGAGUUAAGUGUGCUACGGGCACAACUCAAUGACCUUCUUGAGAAAGGCUGGAUCCGGCCUAGCUCUUCGCCAUACGGCGCGCACGUUCUCUUUGUUCGGAAGAAGAACAAGGACUUGCUAUUGUGCAUCGAUUAUCGCAAGCUCAACGCGCAAACCGUCAAGAACGCCGGUCCUCUCCCGCGCAUCAACGACCUUCUCGAACGGUUGUGCAGCGCUAAAAUUUUCUCCAAGCUUGACGUCAAAUCAGGAUAUCAGCAACUCAAGAUCCUGCAGGAGGACUGCUACAGGACCGCGUUCGAUAUGGGCAUUUCGAAUGGCUGGUUAUGCCUUUUGGCCUUACGAAUGCCCCGACCACUACUUGGGCCAUUUUGUGACGCCGCAAGGCAUCCGUUCGCUUGCGGACAAGAUCGAGGCCAUCCUAGUGUGGCCCGAGCCCACCAACACCAUGGAUGUUCGCUCAUUCAUGGGGUUGGCGGGCUAUUACCAACGUUUCAUCACCGGCUACUUAAGUCCGCACCAUUGACGAGAUCACAAUCGCCAAAGGUGCCGGUAUUCGACGAUGAAGCGCGUCGGUCAUUCCAAGCACUCAAGACGGCCAUGCUCAUGCCACCCGUCCUUAGCAUCUACGACUCCACCUUGCCAACGAGAGUGACAACUGACGCUUCCGACUAUGGCAUUGGGGCAGUCUUGGAACAACACGGCGGUGACGAUUGGCACCUCGUGGAGUAUUUCAGCCACAAGGUGCCUCCCAUCAAUUUACUUGAUGAUGCAAGGAAGAGGGAGCUGCUUGCGUUCGUGAUGGCUCUCAAGCAAUGGCGACACUUCCUCCUUGGGUGUCGUAGGUUCACAUGGGUCACUGAUAAUAACCCGUUGACCUACUACAAGACGCAUGAUACGGUGAGCAGCACUAUCGGACGAUGGAUGUACUUCAUCGACCAAUUUGACUUCACACGGAAACAUCUCGCCGGCCUCUCCAAUCGCGCAGCGGAUGCACUCUCGCGAAGACCCGAUCUUUGCGCUAUGACAUAUCAUGCCUUCUCGUUCGACGGGGAACUCCAUCGGCACUUCAUCCGGGGCCAGGAGUCUGAUCCGGAUUUCGCCACACUCUAUUUGCAGUUAUCUUCGGAUCACCCGUCGGCCAGCCAUUAUCGCAUCGUCGACGUGUACUUGCUUCUCCACUCGCGAGGCAAGGACUUAUUGUUAGAUACCCGAGGUGGUGCCUCCACCAAGCCAUACACGAAGGAGGAGGAGGAGAAGAUGGCCGCCAUCUUGCAGGAGAGGAAGGAGAAGAAGGAGGCCAAGAAGAAGGCCUUGAAGGAGGAGCAGGCGGCCAAAUUGAAGAAGAUAGAAGAAGAGAUGGCCAGAGGGAAGGACAGGAUACAGAAAGAAGAGGAAGAGAAGUUGAAAGAGGUGGAAGAGGAGGAAGAAGAUGAAAUGCCAUUGCAGAGGAAGAAGGGGCAGUACAGUGGCAGUAGGGAUGAGGAGAUGGAGAAGCGGAUCUCAGAGUGGGUCGCCAACUUAUCCUUGGGCAAAGAGGAGGAGGUGGCGAUGUAUAUCUCUAAGGACGAUCAGGAAACCGCUAUGAGAGCUUGGGAAGCAGAAAAAGAUGUUGUAAAGCGGCAGGCACUGAAAGAUGAGAAGAGAAUGGAAUGGAGGUUGGCAGUGAUGAGGGAGAAGAGGAGAGUGGACGCGGCAACGGAGGCGGCAAAAGAAUUAGAGGAGGUAAAAAACAUAGAAGAGCAACUAGCCGCCCAGACUGAACUCCCAGCCCAAAUGCGAGUCAUAGCUCGAAAUGUUGCACGCUUGGCACGAAUUCAGGCGGAGCAAUAUGACUUUAGUCGGAGUCAACACAUAGCUGAGCGUUCAAUAAAGUUGGGAUUCCGGGACUUUGCUCGAGAGUUGGUAGGUGCUAUAGGCACUGAGGUGGGCCACCGCCUCAACAAGACUGAGCGGUUUUGCGUUGGCGCCAUUGAGGGCGUCAAGGCGGCAGCCCCCAAGGAGGAGGAAGCACGUCUUCCUCGCCGGGAACCGGUCAAGGUCAAAUUCCCUGAUUCCUACAGUGGGAAAAGGGAAGAGAACUUUGACAACUGGGAAGCCAACGUUAAGACCUAUGUGCACUUGCAACAGGUCUCCCCGGAUCAACAGGUUCUAAUUGCGAUCCACGCGCUGAGAGAUGAUGCCGCCAGUUUUACAAGAUCCCUAGUUCGCGCUGCCAACCGUAGUGACGAUCCCGCGUAUUUCCGCCUAGAGAAAGAUGGGAAAGUGGAGAAGGUCCUCCACUCCCUGACUCUUCUCGUAGAAGACAGCCUCCCAUUUGAUAUUGUUCUGGGAGUGGAUUGGGGAGAGGCAGCCGGGGCCACGCUCCRUUUGAAGGAGCACGAGUGUAGGCUCCCCAGUUCUUCAGGCGAGGCUAAGAUUGCCCGCCUGUUUCACGUGUCAGGAGUAGAGAAUCCACUGGCACAUUGCUGCCUUAGUGCACCUGCAUUCGCCAGAUUAGUUAAAAAGGAGAAACUGGAGGAACAGGUUUUUGUCGCCUAUGUUAGGCCGGUGACUAAGCCCACGGAAGAAAAGCCGAUGGACCCUACGAUUGCCAAGCUGCUGGAAGAGUUCAAGGAUCUAACUGAGCCGCCGAUAGGAGUAGUACCAUGGCCCAUCCAACACCGCAUUGAGAUAGAGCCUGGCAGUAGAACUCCUAAGGGCGCUGUGUAUAGGAUGUCCCCACGGGACUUAGAGGAGCUUCGCAAGCAAUUAGACGAGCUCCUCGAGAAGGGUUGGAUUAGGCCCAGUUCGACCCUCGAAGAGCAUCAGGGUCAUCUCAGGCAUGUUUUGGAGAAGCUGAGGGAAGCUAACUUCAAGAUCAAUGCAAAGAAGUGCGAUUGGGCGAAAACCCAAGUUUUGUACUUAGGCCACGUCUUAGACGGAGACGGCGUUAAGCCAGAGGAUAACAAGAUCGCAGCGAUUAGAGAUUGGCCCACGCCACGUACGCUGACAGAGUUGCGCUCGUUCCUGGGCUCAGAUAAUUACUACUGGAAGUUCAUGAGGAACUUCUCUACCAUCGCUGCGCCCCUUCGCAGAAAGACCAUCUGGAAGUGGGAUAAGGACUGCACGUCUGCCAUGAAGAAGUUAAAGCCGGCAUUGAUACAGUAUCCAGUCCUUAAAGUCGCCGAUCCGUCCUUGCCCUUUGUCGUCACGACCGAUGCGAGUCAAUACGGCAUAGGCGUAGUGUUACAGCAAGACGAUGGCAAUGGGUAUAGACCCGUAGAGUUCAUGUCCGCCAGAAUUCCUUCAAAAAAGGUUGCGACAUCUACCUAUGAGAGGGAACUCUACGCUCUCAGGCAAGCGUUAGACCACUGGAAGCACUACUUGCUUGGGAGGCACUUCAAAGUUUAUUCCGACCAUGAAACGUUACGAUGGUUAAAGACGCAGGCCAAGAUGACACCUAAGCUUACUAGGUGGGCCGCAAAGAUAGAUCAGUACGACUUCGAGCUCAAGCCUGUCAAGGGAAGGCCGAGGAAAAUGACACAAGGAAGAGGGGAGCUGGAAGCGCAGCAGGGGCCUGAUGGCCCCACGUGGAGGAAGCUUUGUGUGGUACACAAUAAGAGCACUGCGCAGAGCAAGAGCAAGAUGGGUGAUAUGCCUUGCAUGGUGGCUCUAUUUUAUGGAGGGAGGAGACGGCUUAUAACUGGCUUGCCACAAAAGCAAUGGCGGAUACUUAGUCUCCGAGCUUCUGUGGUCAAGGAGAUUAUCUGAGCUUCUGUGGUCAAAAGAGAGGGAAGAGGAGAGGGAGGAGACGGAGGAGAUUCUCUGAGCUUCUGUGGGGCCAUGCUAAUCUUCUCUGUAUCAUUCCAAUUUUAACGGAUGUCCUGAAGAACAGAGAGCUGAAAUUUAAAUGUAUUCAAUGUAUUGCUCUUUUUUUCGUUUUUGUGCUUGAUGUGGAGUAAAAGGGCCUUUACCGG